AUGGCACAACGUCGUGUAGUCGUAACAGGUCUUGGUCUCGUCACUCCGGUGGGUGUUGGUGUCAACCAUGCUUGGACGAAUCUCUUGAAAGGUCAAUGCGGCAUUACAAAGCUUGUUGGAGAGGAAUACGAGAAGCUGCCAGUGCAAAUCGCUGCUCAAGUACCUCAAGGCCCAAAAGACCAAGGUCAAUUUACUGCUAGUGAAUGGCUCGAUCGCGGUGACGAUCGCGUUAUGGGAACCUUCACACAAUAUGCUAUUGCAGCGGCACGUCAAGCAUUAGACGACGCAGAGUGGAAACCAAAAGAUGCUAUUGGCAAAGAACGAACGGGUGUAUGUAUUGGAUCAGGAAUGGGAAGCUUUGGAGAUAUCGUGUCGACAUCCGUAUCCUUUGAUAAAGCGGGCCAUCGCAAAGUAUCGCCUAUGUUUGUACCGAGGAUCUUGAUCAAUAUGGCUGCAGGACACUUGACAAUCAAGUAUGGUUUCCAGGGUCCAAAUCAUGCAGCAUCCACAGCAUGUACUACAGGAGCACAUUCAAUCGGUGAUGCCAUGCGUUUUAUUCAAUUUGGUGAUGCAGAUGUGAUGGUAGCUGGUGGUACUGAGGCAUGCGUUCAUCCGUUGGCCAUUUCAGGAUUUGCAAAGGCCAAGGCACUUGCAUCUCAAUACAAUGACAAUCCUACUGAAGCAUCUCGGCCAUUUGACAGUGAUCGUUGUGGAUUCGUAAUGGGUGAAGGCGCUGGUAUUGUGGUGCUGGAAGAAUUGGAACACGCCAAAAAGCGAGGUGCAAAGAUUUAUGCAGAAGUGGCAGGCUAUGGCUUAUCGGGCGACGCACAUCACAUGACAGCUUCCCCUGCAGAUGGUGCUGGCGCCAUUCGAUCCAUGAGACGUGCAUUGGCAGCUGCCAAAUUAACUCCAGAUCAAGUUGAUUAUGUCAAUGCUCAUGCAACAAGUACCCCUGUUGGUGAUGCUGCUGAAAACCAAGCUAUCAAGACCGUGUUUGAUGGACACUGGGAUAAGAUCAAUGUGUCAUCUACUAAAGGUGCAACGGGCCAUUUGUUGGGUGCUGCCGGAUCAGUAGAAGCUAUUUUUGCCAUCCUCGCUCUUCACAAUAAUGUACUCCCUCCCACACUCAACCUGCAUCGAACGGAUGAGGAGUUUAACCUCAACUAUGUUCCACGCGUGGCACAAGAACACAACAAUAUCCGUGCAGCAUUGACCAACAGCUUUGGUUUCGGAGGCACCAAUUCAUCGCUUUGUUUUACGAAAUUUACUUGA